CACAACGUCAGCGUCAACGUCAGCGACGCCGUCAGCAGCAGCAGCAGCAGCACAGUCAGAAAAUGGGCUGUGGACAGAGCAAAAUACAUUUAUAUCCCAGGAAAUCGAAGAGUAAAGCAAACGGCAAGAAAGGAGGACACGCCGACUCGGAUGCUGAGACGGAUGAGGAUGAAGGUCACAUUGAGGAUGCUGAGAAGGCGCAACAGCGCGAGCGCGAGAAGCAUGACGAGACCGAGGAACAAAGCAAUAAGGACAUACAGGACACCGAGGAGGACGUGGCCGUCUCGCUGCUGCGUGCCAAAAACCUGUCGCUGCUCCAAAGCCAAGAAAUAUCAUCAAGCCAACAGAACUUCUUUCGCAUGCUGGACAAGAAGAUCGACGAGGGGCCCGACUAUGACUCGGCCAGCGAGACGGAAAUUGCCUUGGAGGAGGCUCGACUGAAUGCGCUGGUCCAGCAUUGGGAGUCCGCCAGCCUCACCGCAUCCAUAUGCUCCUCCGCCAGCCGCUCGCUGCAGACGACGCCGAUACGUCAGGUGGCCCAAGUGCCGCUCAAGACGAGAGGCGCUACGAGAGAACCCGCUGGCCAUCUACUGCAGCCCUCCUCGGCGUGCAACACGCUGCCCACUACUGAGUAUCUACCUCAGCACGUCAUGGCGGGGCGACAGCAACAGCAGCAGCAGCAACUACAGCAACAACAGCAGCAACAACAGCAGCAGCAACAUCAAGCGGCAGCGAUCUAUCAGCAGCAGCAGCAGCAGCUAAUCCUCUCGCAGCAGUUGCUGCCACAACUCGAUGCCAAUCUCGUCAAUACGUCCAAUGCCAAUGCAGCGGCCGCCGCGCAGCUCAAUCAGCUGCAACAGCAGCAGCAACAGCAGCUGGUGCUCUACCAGCAACAUCAGCAACAACAACAACAGCAACAACAGCAACAGCAGCAACAACAACAGCAACAGCUCGCUACGUAUGGUGGGCAUAUGUUGACGCUUCCUGCCGGCGCCAAGCCCCAAACUGUCAGUCCCAAGCGGCUGCUCUAUGGCGCCAUACCCCCGCCGCCCGUUUGCGCAGCUCCUGUUCAGUAUAUUGCCGCCAGCUCGCCGCUGAUGCAGACGGGCGUGACGGGCUUCCUAAAUGGCGCCGGCGCAACAGCCGGUCGCGCACCCCUGCAGCUUUCCUACUACGGAGUACCGAGCACUGCCUCCCAAAAUGUCGCCCAGCAAGCGGCUCCAGUUCCCAUCGCCUCCGAAUCUUACGAACCACCAACCGCUCCACACAGCCAAAGCCAGCAGCAGCAGCAGCAGCAGUUGCAGCAGCAGCAGCACAUACAGCAGCAACAGUUGCAACAACAGCAGCAGCAACAGCAACAGUUGCAGCCACAAACGUCGCAGCUGCAACAGCCGCCAAAUGCAGCCGGCGCCUACUACGGCGAGGUCAUGCACAAUGUUCAGCCCGCGCCACCCACGGAAUACAAAUUUCCGCCGGCAAUCAGCGUGCAGAGAUUGGCGCCGCAGGUGCAGCGGCAGCUGCGCGAGACGCAGGAACUCAUAAAAGACUCGUGCCCGCAGCUGUAUGCGGCGGGCUAUGGGAGCCCAGGACCACCGAUACGCAAUCCCAACAGGAAUCCCACUAGAACUAGACCCACCCUGGAGACGCAGUUCUCGCAGGAACUCUCGUGAUAUCUAUAUAUGUAAACAGCAAAGCAAGCCGAAUCCCCUAGCAAACAACUAAAACAAAAUCCAAAAACAAACACAGAAUUAGUCAACUGCGCCAAAGAACAAAUUUAAGCAAAAUUAACAAACACAAAAUUUAAUUAUAAACAAAAAAAGAAAAUGCAAAAAAAAAAACGAAAAAAAAUCGAUAAAAUUGUAAAACUGCACUCAAUGUUUCAGUACUCCUUGCCCUCCCCCCCAAUCGGGUAGUUAAGAGCCCAGAAAACGAGAAAUUAGAACAGCAACUAAUACUACUGAAAGUUAUGCGAAUCAGGAAUAUAUUGCAUUAUAACUAUAACUAUAUAUAUAUAUACAUAGUUAUGCAGACACACGCCCCCAAGUAAUCAGCCGGCAGCCAAAGAGCGAGGGAUAGAAUGCCAGACAAAUAGUUUAAGGAUCGAGUAUAUAACACUCUAUGUACGCCAAGCAAGCCCAGACGUUAGCCAGUUACAAAAGCAACAAAGCAACAAAAACACAAAGAAAACACAACACAACAAAAAUGACUUCUACAUUCUCACAAUUUUGUUAGUCAUAAUCAUAUUCAUCGUGUAAUUUUUAAAAAUCAAUUCUGUAAAAUGUGUGAGGUAAAGAAAUUGUCAAAAAACCCAAA